CACCGCAGUUUUUACAAAAAACCGUGCCUUGGUCGCAGUCAACUAAUGCUCCCAACGACUACUCGAGUCAUCAGCAGGAAAAUGAGACUUAUUGACAUUGGAGUUAACCUCACCGAUGGAAUGUUCCGCGGGGAGUAUAGAGGAAAGAGAGCUCACGCAGACGACUUCGGAUCAGUUAUGGAGCGAGCGCGAAAAGCAGGAGUUGAACGUAUGAUCAUCACAGGCGGAUCUCUUAGUGAAAGUAUAGAGGCGCUGAGCCUGGCCGAGAGCGAUCCACACCUAUAUACAACUGUCGGAUGUCAUCCCACUCGAUGCGGUGAAUUCGAUAACGAUGAGCAGGGACCAGAUCAUUAUUAUGACCAGCUGAGGGAUUUGAUAAAAAGUCACUCUCUAGCCAAGAAAAUAGUUGCUAUUGGUGAAUGUGGACUUGAUUAUGAUCGGACGCACUUCUGUCCAAUAGAUGUUCAAAAGAAGUAUUUCUUGCGACAAUUUGACCUUGCAGAAGAGACUGGUUUACCCAUGUUUCUGCACUCACGAAAUACCGGCAAUGACUUCAAUGAUAUGAUUAAAGCCAAUCGAACGAAAUUCAAGCAUGGAGUCGUUCAUUCCUUUACUGGUACCGUUCAAGAAAUGCAGGAUCUCGUUUCAAUGGACCUUCAUAUUGGAAUCAAUGGCUGCUCAAUGAAGACAGAGGAGAAUGUCGAAGUAGUAAAAGCUAUUCCCGCAAAUCGAUUAGUGCUCGAAACGGAUGCACCAUGGUGCGACAUUAGACCGACACACGCAUCUUACCAAUAUUGGAAAAACUGUUCAAGUGAUUUGAAAGAGCUUUACACGCCUGAAGGCAAGAAAAAAGAGAAAUUUGAAAUGGGUCUAAUGGUCAAAAGCAGAAAUGAGCCUUGCACUAUGGGCCAAGUACUUCACAUUGUUGCCGCUAUUCGAGGCGUCGAUGCGAAUGAACUUGCGGAGCAGGUCUGGGAAAAUACCUGCAACGUAUUUUUUCCAUGAUUGUCAUAUACCUUAGACUUCUCUGUCCCUUUUUAGACUCUGUUGCUUCCAUUAUUACCAUAUUCUCAUAGAGUGCAUUUAAAUAGUUAAGUAAUUGGAGACUUUUAGUUCAAUCUGAGAGGCAGAAGCAUGCUCGAAUGGAAAUUAAUGGCUAAGCCGAUAUCAAGUCAUGUGUCCGUCUGGGGCAGCAGAGGGAAGCAUACGAACGGGCACUCGAUUAAUAUUAUGCAUGGAGAAUUACACCUAGUAAAUUGUUAGAGAAAUUCCAUCGGUUACCAUAGUAAACUUAUGCUAUACGCUAGUAAAUCAGCUGUGUGACAAUGAUCGAAAGCAGAUCUUCUGCAUACUAGCGGAC